AUGCUUUCGGGAGUAGUACUCAUCACAGAAGCGGGGUCUGGCUUCGGCCAGAGCGCUGCAUACUCGCUGGCCCAGCACGGUGUACACCAAUUCGCCAUCAUCGACACCAAUGAAGCCGGGUUGCAAGAGACGACUCAGACACUGGCAUCGAAAUACAACGUGACAGACGUGCUGAGCGUGUCCACUGAAUGCAGCACCGAAGAGGCCAUUGAAACUGCUGUCCAGCAGGCUGCUUCGCGCUUCGGACGUAUCGACUUCGCCAUCAACAAUGCCGGCUUCGGUGGGCCGUUAGGCGGCAGUCCCGACACAGCGCCCGCCGCAUUCGAAGCCCAUCUCAAAGACCAUGUGACGCUUCUGUGGUUGUGGUAUCGAGCCGAGCUACGGCAGAUGCUGCGGCAGGAGCCACGUGACAUGCGAUAUGGCCGUGGAAGCAUCGUACAUGUCUGCUCAGUACAUGCCUUCGCUGCCUCACCACCCCAGGUCGCUGCUGGUGCGUAUGUAGCGGGCCGUCACGCUGUACUCGGUUUGACACGCUCUGAGGGAGUGCUGUACGCGCCGCAGCAGAUCCGCAUCAAUGCGCUAUGUCCUGGGUAUAUUGCGUCUCCUCUCAUCGAAUCCUCCGAACAGACCAAGGCUUUUAUCGGUAACCUUGUGCGCGAACGUGUGCCUGCAGGCCGACUGGGACAGCCUGAGGAGGUUGCUGAUGCAGUGGUGUUUCUGGCCGGACCCAUGAGCAGCUACAUGUUUGGUCAGUCACUAGUCCUGGAUGGGGGUUAUCUAGCUCAGUGA